CUUCCAGCACUUCAAAGCCACUGCAAAGAAGGACAGAAUGAUUUGGUGUCUGUGCCUAUGGAGACUAGGACAAGAAAUUGUGGGCUCAACGGCAAGUGAGGAGAAAAAAACCUUUCACAUGACUGACAUCCAGGAAAGGAAAGACAACAAGACAAAGAGGGAGCUUGACAUUAACCACCAAGAGCUUAUGCCAGCAAGGCAAGGGAGAGGGAAAAAUGUUACCACCACGAGUCCAAAAAGCAUCAAACACAAGCAGCAAGUGGGGAAAAGUAAAGAUCCAAAAAGUACUCAUCGUCUUUCCAACAAGGCCAGGAGACACAGUGCUCUGUCUGUAGAGGAACUCAGAAAAAUUGAGGCUCAUAGGCAGUAUGCAAGUGAUGUACUUACAGCCACGCUGAAAGAGAUUGAGGAAUCUGGAACAUUUAACAGCCUGAUAGAAGCUAAUGAGAGAGAGAAGGCAAGAACGACCGAGGUUUAUGACUUACUCGCCAGGAAGGAGGAAGGAGAGAAGCAGAUAAAGUCACUCAAGAAACAGCUGCAAGAUGUCAAGAAAGAAACUGAACAAGAACUUCGGACCCGAGAUCACAUGAUUGCCUACCUCAAAGACACACUCCAGGAGAUGAAGGCCAAAGCAAGCAUAGAGAUGUCUUACAUGAAGAAAAAAACAGACCUCCAGGUCCACCAAACCCAGAAGAAGUGCAGAAAUGCAGAGGAAGCCCUGGAGAAGGAAAUUCAGGACUUGAAGAACAAAACUGAUGAGGAGAUUCGAGUCCACAUGGAGACUGAAAAUUUCCUCAGGCGACACGAAAACAAGCUGGAAGAGGAGCUGGACUACUGGAUGGACAAGUAUAAAAGUGACACAGAAGCUAAAGAUGAAGAACUGGAUGCCCUAAAAGCAGCAAGGGCAGAAAACUUAGAAAAGCUGCAGGGAGUCACCAGGGAGUGCCAGAUAAUGGAGGAAACCAUCACCCGUGACCGGGCGGAAAAGGCGGCUAAAAGAAGACAACUAGAGCAGGAUGCCCUGGAGCUGAAGAGCAUCCUGAAGCUGCAGGCCUGGUGGAGAGGUACUAUGGUCCGCAGAAACCUGGGUCCCUACCAGGCCCUCAAGAAGAUGGUGAAGAAACAGCUAUCCAAGCAGAAAGGGAAGAAGGAAAACCCUGGAGCAAAGAAAAAGUCAUGA